UGAUCGAAAAGUGUCUAUCAUGAAUCGAUAUACAUUUCAAAUUUCCACGGUUGAAAAUUUUCCGCUGAUUAGAAAAGCGCGGAAAACGAUUAUCGCUUUCGAAGCAUUAAUUCAAUAGCUCGCCAUUGAGAUGACUUUAAGAACGCUUUAUAAUAACAAACAUGAUAAUUUUAUGCAUGAAUUAUGGAAAGAGAUUAUUCUGGAUUAAUUGCAGGUAACCUACGCCUAUACGGAGAACCUUGAACUGCUGUCAAUGUUUAUUAGGCCGCCUGGAUACAAGAAAAUGUGAAACAUUAAUCGCAGCUAAGGAGAAGUUCAAAAAUUAUAGGAAGGAAUUCUUAAGAAUUUGUAAUUAACGGAACAAACAAAAUGAGUUCUAAGCAUUUAUCGACUGGAUCGGUUGCCCCACCCAUUGUUCCUGGAAAAUUACGUUUAUACAGUAUGCGAUUUUGUCCAUACGCACAAAGAGUUCAUUUAGUACUCGAUGCGAAACGUAUACCAUAUGAUGUUGUUUAUGUAAAUUUAACUCAUAAACCUGAGUGGUUAGCAGAGAAGAAUCCUUUGAGUAAGGUACCUUGUAUAGAAUUAGAGAGUGGAGAAACAUUGUAUGAAAGCCUUAUCAUUGCUGAUUAUUUGGAAGAUGUAUAUCCCCAGAAUAAACUUUAUCCUGAUGACCCUCUAGCCAGGGCUAAAGAUAAACUGUUGAUUUCUAGAUUUAAUAAUGUUAUAAAUAUUAUGUAUAAGUGCUAUGCCAAUACAUCUUCAGAUCGUGAUGUAUUUAAUGAAGCAUUAACUGAACUAGAAGUUUUUGAGAGGGAACUUACUUCAAGAAAUACACCAUUCUUUAAUGGCAAAUCUCCUGGAAUGGUGGACUUCAUGAUCUGGCCAUGGUGGGAAAGAUCAGAUAUAAUUAAAGUUCUACGUGGAGAUCAUUUUAUUAUACCUAAAGAUCGUUUUAAAAGACUGUUGGAGUGGAAAUCUGCUAUGAAGGAAAAUCCUGCGGUUCAGUGCAGUUACUUAGAUACCGAAGUUCAUGCUAAAUACAUACAAAGUCGUCAGGCUGGUACACCACAGUAUGAUCUGGUUGUUCGGGCUACACUUUCAAAAUUGAUGUAACAUAUUGUAUUUAAAAAUACAUUCUUUAUUUCGGUAAUAGUCUGAUGACUAAUGUUCUUCAAAUUUUACAAAAAUAUUAAUUAUAAAAGUAAUAUAAAUAAAAAUUCUCCUUUUCUCGUAUCAUUUACAUACUAAUUGUGACAAUUAUAUUUUAUAUUAUAGGUUCUUUUGUAUAAUGAGCUAAGAGAAUAAAAUAUUGCUUUUGUUAUAAA